AUGGCAUCAUCUUCAUUGUCCCCCCAACCAAAAGAUGAAUAUCAUGCUUUCUCAGGAAUUGAACCUCAAGGCAUACGGAGAAAGGUUUCUAAAUCAACAACAUUGUAUGAUGUCUUCAUCAAUCACAGAGGCCCUGAUUCCAAAUAUUCACUGGCUCUUCCCCUCUACACUUCCCUUAAGGAGUUGGGAAUACGGGCUUUUCUUGACAAGGAAGAAAUGGAACUUGGUCAGUCCUUUCCUUCUACCAUCGAGACCACCAUUCACUCAGCUGCAGUUCACAUUGCUAUAUUCUCCAAAAGAUAUGCAGAGUCUCCUUGGUGUUUGGCAGAGCUAGUUCUCAUGUUACACGGCCCAGCUAAGAUUAUUCCCGUGUUUUAUGAGGUAGAACCCUGGGCACUUCUCCACAUAGAAAAGGGAGUCUACGCUGAUGCGUUCAUUCAAUACCAGAAUGUCAGUGACCAUAAAAGCAUACUAUCACCAGUCCGAAGGGAAGUAGAGAGGAUAAAGCCUUUGCAUGUUGCCAAACAUCCAGUAGCACUUGACAAGCUUGUACAAGAUUUUGAAAGGCGAUGCCUUUAUAAUCUUGUUCAAGAUUUUGAAAUACAUUGUGGAAGGAAUAGAGAAGAGGCAGGGAAGGCUAAGAUGGUCGGCAUCUUCGGUAUGGGCGGAGUGGGAAAAACAACUCUUUCGAAAGAGUUGUUCAACAGAAAGCGUCAACAAUAUGCUCGAGCUUGCUUUCUAUUUGAUGUCCGGGAAGCCUCAGUUAGAUGUAAUUUACCUUCAUUACAAAAGAAACUCCUUAAAGAUUUCUUCAAUGAAGAUGUGCUUCCUUUUGAAAGUAUAGAGGAAGGAGAAAGCUAUAUUUUUAAUUGUAUAGAAAGAAGUAGCUCUUUGAGUUUUCUACUUGUUCUAGAUGAUAUUGAUCACCUAGAACAGUUAGACGCUUUAUCGAUUAAGCAUAUGUUAGAAAAGCCCGGCAAUAGUCUGGUAAUAAUUACAACACGAGAUGUAGGAAUCCUUAUAGCCGAGGGAAUUGAUGUAGGUUAUCAUUUAAAAGGAAUGGAUAAAGAGGAUUCCAGACAACAUUUUACUUGGCAUGCUUUCUCUCAACCUCAUCCUGCCAGUGGAUACGAAGAUCUUGUUGACCACUUCUUAGGUGUGUGUGGAGGCUUACCCCUCUCUCUUCAAGUUCUGGGAAGGCAUGUCCAUGCUCGAGAUGAAAACUAUUGGAGGUUAGAGCUUGAAAAACUUGGUGGGACAAUGCAUGGAGAUAUUAAAAAAAGUCUUAAAAUAAGCUUUGAUGCUUUGAACACAGAGGAAAAACAAAUUUUCAUGGACAUGGCAUGCUUUUUUGUUGACCAACUAAAGUAUAUAGCCAUAAGAGUGUGGAAGGCAUCGGGAUGGAGUGCUGAAAAUGGAUUGCAAGUACUAAAGGACAAGUGUCUUGUUGACGAAAUAGAAGAUCCCAUACCUCUAUUGAGAAUGCAUGACCACUUGCGGGACUUAGGGAGACAAAUGGCAAAUGAGCUCAGCGAGCCUCGUCGCUUGUGGCGUCCUCGGGAUCUUAAAAAAUUGGAAUCAAUGAAGUUUGAAAACAUUGUUGCUCAAACCAAAGGAAGGUGUUUCCAUUCAUAUUUUGAUAAGUCACUCAAUUCUCAAGUUAAAUUCUUUCUAGGGGAAUCCGCUGAUAGUGUAGAAAUGUCAUCAUGUUUGUUAUUGCUUCAUAUUUGGUAUCCAUAUCUAUAUUCCGGACCAAAUUCUUCCAAUUUAAAUCAUCUAAGGCAUCUGCAAGACGGAAAUUUUAGCGUACAGCCAGGAAUUCCUUCAUGGAUUCAGCUUCAAAACAUGCAGUGCCUGAGAAUCAGCAAUGGAUAUUUCAAAAGAUUGUGCCAGCAUGAUGCAGAGGCUCCCUCCGAAUUGAAGAAACUGGAGAUUUAUGGAACUUUUUUAGAAGAGUAUCCAGAUUUCUUAGGUAUAUUAACUCAUGUGGAAAAGAAAGUCGGAAAGGAAGUCGAAAAGGAAGUCAGUGUGAGUCAACACAUGUCAAAAAUGAAGUCAUUGGUUGUGAAGACAUGUAGAAGACUUUCAGGAUCCCUCCCUACGACUUCGGUGAAAGAGACUUCGUCUUGUACGGUUCCAUUAAACGGUGGCACAAAGUCCCCAUUGAGUUUGCUUGAAGAUUUAGUAAUUAGAGAACAAGAAAACAUAAGAAGAAUUGCAAUUGACGGAAAUUAUUGUCCUAGCCUUCAAUACCUGGAAAUUUCUUCCCUGAGGACUCUUAUUGAAUUACAAUUUAGAAGAGUUGAAAAAUUGAAAUGUCUUAAUGUUAGCAAGUGUGAAUUUCUCAGAAUUUUGUCAGUGACAUCUGAUUUUACAAAGCUUGAAGAAUUGAGCAUUGCUGAAUGUCCUAUGCUUGAGGAGCCAAAUCUUUGUCAUCUGAGCUGCACGAAAACGAUCAGAAUUGAAAAUUGCAAUAUGACUAGUGUGCCAGGAAUAUUUAAUUUUAAGAUGCUAGUUGAAUUGAAUAUUAGUAGAUGUCCAAAGCUUCAUGAGCUAUGUCUUGCACAUCUGCAUUGCCUGGAAAAUCUUAUUGUUAAGGACUGUGAUCAUUUGAAAAGUGUGACGGGACUAUCUUAUCUUCUAAAGCUUGUAGAAGUUAGUAUUUCUUGGUGUGGAAUGCUGCAGCUUGAUUUGUGUCUAGUGGGUUUUAACAGUCUCAAGAGGAUAAAAGCUGAUAGGUCUUUGAAGGUAAAAUGUUUUGAUCUGAAGGAUUGUAAAAAUAUGGAAACAGUAUCAGGAAUAUCAUUUGAAAUGAUUGGAGUGGUGAACAUUUGUGGCUGUCCAGAGCUUAAGAGUUUCCCAGUUAUUUGCGGUCGAAGGUGCUUAGAGAUGAUUAUAAUUGAUAGAUGUGGGAAGCUCAAUCACCUCACUUUGACUGAUUGUGGUAUUCUGAAAGGAGGGUCUGGUAACUUUGAUCUUGAUGGAUUAUCUAUAUCGGAUUGUCCGAUGCUUAAAGAGCUGCCAUCUUUUGGGCGUCUAAUUUACCUUGAGGAAAUCCGCAUUCACCGGUGCGGGAGCCUGCAAAACAUGACUUUACCAACUAGUCUGAAGCGUCUUGAGUUAAAUUCUUGCCUAGAACUCAAAUCAAUGGUAGGAAUUUCUGGUCUUAGAAAACUUGCAGAGCUAAAAAUAAUAAGGUGCCCCGAACUUCGGCUUGAAUUGAACCUUUCUAGCUUGAAACCCCUGGAGAAGAUUAGCAUUGUUGAAUGCUUGAGUGUGUACAACAUAACAUUGCCAACUACACUCAUCGAACUCACACUGCAGCAGUGCAGAGAACUGCAAUUUAAAGCAGGAAUAGGCCAUCUGACAAAGCUUAGAGAUCUGCAUAUUAGAGAGUGUCCGGUGAUUGAGGAGAUGGCAGUUGUUUGUGGUCUAAGUUGCCUGGAAAGGAUUACAAUUGAUGGGUGCGGUAGGUUAAAUUUGACUGAUUGUGUGAUUUUGAAAGCACUUAGGGGUAAUCUUGAUAUGGGCGGUCUGCAACAUUUGUGGAUAUCGGAUUGUCCGGAGCUUGAAGAGCUGCCUUGUUUUGCACGUUUAACUUGCUUGGUGGAGAUUCGCAUAUUCAGAUGUAGGAAGCUACAGCAAGUUACUUUGCCAAGAACAUUGAAGAAUCUUCAAUUAGUUGCUUGUAAAGAACUGAAAAGUGUUUCAGAAAUAUCCCGUCUCAAGAAUCCGGUAGAACUCAUUAUUUCUCAGUGUGGACAGCUCGAGCUUGAGUUGCGUCUUGAGGCUAUCGACUCUCUCCAGACUAUAACAUUUGAUGGUUUUGGGAAGAUCAAGUCUUUUCAGUUGAACAAAUGUCAAAAUAUAAAGAGAGUAUCGAGUAACUUUGAUGUGGAAUGGAUUUUGAUUUGUGGUUGUCACGAGUUUGAGGAGUUGUCCAUACGUGAUUGGCGGGGACUGCGCUGCGUGAAGGAGAUUAACAUUGAAUCAUGUGAUAAGCUGCAAAACAUAACACUGCCAGUAAAGCUCACCAAUCUAAUUGUGCAACGUUGCAGACAUUUGCAAGGGAUUGUAGGAAUGGAUGAUCAUUCAAAGGUGACAGAGCUGGGCAUCACUGAGUGUCCGGAGAUUGAGUUGCCAUUUCUUGCCGAAUUGAGCUGCCUGGAGAGAAUCACCAUUGAUUCUUGUCAGAAGUUGCAGAGCAUAUUACUGCCAAUGACCCUCAUCAAACUCACAGUGCGUAGGUGCAGAGAAUUGAAAAUGGUGGCAGGGACCGGCCAUCUUACAAAACUUACAGACAUGUGCAUUGGUGACUGUCCUGAGCUUGAGGAGUUGCCCAUUCUCGCUGGACUGAGCCGUUUGGAGAUGAUUGCAAUUUAUUCUUGGGACAAACUGCACAACAUAAUACAGCCAACUACACUCAUCAAACUCAUAGUGCAGAAGCUGUACAGAGGAUCGCAAAUCUCACAGGACUUGAAGAGUUGUCCAUUUGUGAGAGUCCUGAGCUCGAGGAGUUACCAAGCUGGACAACAUACAAAGUAUUCGAGAAUUGCAAGCAUUGGAAGCAAUCCAGUUUUUAUAUUGCAGCAACGCAGUAAUAACGACUGCAUUCCAAAGUUGAAGAAUUGGCCAGGUUUGCAUCAUGCAGAAUUGGUGGAUGGGAUAAAAAUUUACGAUUACCACCUGCACCUUCAUUUACAGAAAUGUCAUGAGGAUUUCAGAAGAGUUCACGAUGUGUUUGAAGGAGACUGGCAGCUUUCUCAUAUUGACAAGAAGACUCUCGCUAGACAAGAUUCAGGAAUCUCUUUCCCAAUUGAGCUGGGUUAUUAUAUUUGUCACUUUGUUUCCGAUGCCUUGAACCUAGAGGUUGAUUUCAAGAAGCUUAACCAUAAACACUAUGCCGCUCGACCAAAUUUUGAUAGCAAAGGUGGUGCCAAGGUUAAGCUUGAGGCAAAUACUAUCAAAGGUUCAAAGAAGUCCCUUGUUAUCCAAAUUGUAUCUCAUGUUACCAGGUCAAGAACCAAGAACAAGGGCAAAAAUUUGCCAGAAAGUACAAUGGUGGUUGAUUUGGAAGGGUUUACUGAAGCUGAGAAUAGAAUGGUAGAACAAAACAUUGAGAUACCCACCUUGGACGUUGGAAAUGUUGAAGAACCUAAAAAAGAAGAAGAAGGCAUUGAAGGUUCAUUGAUCUUGGCCACUGAUACAAGCAAUUGGAUUACUGAGAUAGCCCGCCUUGUUUCAGAUAAGAAAGUAGAGAAUCCGUUGGCAAAAGAUUUAGUGUUGGAAAAGUUAAUUUAG